GGAGCUGUUCGAGCCCUGGCGGCCGUGAAAAGGAGCUUUGUUCGGUUCCGAGUGAGAUGUGAACCAGCCGAGGAUCCGCAGCAUGGCCGAGCCGAGGGAGGACACACGGACACACAGGGGCGUCGUGAUCCCAGAUGAUUGGCCGGGGUACUGUCUGGAUCUGUUCACCUACCCGGAGUAUUACAGCGGGGAUCUGGACUCCGUCUACAUUCCACAUGGAGUCAUCAUGGACCGGACGGAGCGGCUGGCGCGCGACAUAAUGGACGAUCUGGGCGACCACGACAUCGCGGUGCUGUGUGUGCUGAAGGGGGCCCAUCAGUUCUGCUCAGAUCUAGUGGACCGCAUCCAGGUGCUGAACCGCAACUCCAGCAGGUCUCUGCCCAUGACCGUCGACUUCAUCCGACUCAAGAGCUACCUGAAUGAUCAUUCUAUGCCGGACAUGCAGGUGAUCGGCGCUGAGAGUCUGUCUGUUCUCACGGGGAAGAACGUCCUGAUCGUGGAGGCUAUAGUGGACACGGGCAAGACCCUGCAGACCCUCCUGACUCAGGUCCAAGCCUUUAAACCCAAACUGAUCAAAGUGGCAGGUUUGUUAGUGAAGAGGGGCCCUAAUCAGACUGUCUGUCUUCCUGACUAUGUUGGGUUUGAGAUUCCGAACCACUUUGUAGUCGGCUACGCUUUAGACUACAAUGAAUAUUUCAGAGAUCUUUCUCAUAUCUGUGUGAUGAGUGAAGGCGGGAAACAGAAAUACAGAAUCUGAAGCCCCUGAGUCCUGUGUGUGUGUGUGUGUGUGUGUGUGUGUGUGUGUGUGUGUGUGAUAUAAGGUCCUCAUUAACUAUUUUUACUAAAACCCUUCACUACACUAUAACUGAUACGAUGGUGUUUUAGGGCCAAUAUGGGAUUUUUAAAAAGAGUUUAAAGGGAAGAGGCGGAGAAUUGGCAAGUUUAAAAAAGGAGAUAUUUGUGGGGAAAAAAAUAGAAAUUUUCUAGUUUACAACAAAAAAACCAUAAUUUAUGGGAAAUAAACUUAAAACGUUUGUGUUUAAAAUUCGCCAAUUUGUGUUUUUGGAUUUUUUUAUCAAGAAGGUAACGACGUGUGCACUUGGCACGGUUGGACAGACGUCACAUCUAAUCAAACUGUUUCCUUCAUAAAAAAUAGCCUGGAACUGGAAAUUUUCAAGUUUUUAACUAGAAAUUUUUUUUUAUCUUAUCGUGAAUUUGUGAUAUUUUUUUUCUCAUAAUCUUUACAAAUUACAACUUGUAAAUUCAGAUUUUUGGAAAUUCCCCUCCCCUCACUUUCCAACUCCUUUAUAACAAAAACCCCAUAUUGGCUCUAAUCAUCAUAUAACUGGACAUUGUAAUGUAGGUGUGAUUGUAUGUAAGAGUCUAACGAGAUGCUUCAUACCAGAGUUUUUUAAAGUCCGCACGGCGGGUCAACCCAGACCCGGACCCAGACCCGGACCUCACAUUAGGAGUUCAAUAAUAUAAUAUAAUAUAAUGUGUGCAUAUCCUACUGUAAAAUAGAACAGUUAUACUCACCGAUAAAGUGUUAGUUGUGUAGUCUAUGUGGAGAUGGUUACAGCGCCCCCUGUCUGGGAUUAAGGCUAAACGUCCCCUGAUUGACGGAAGAAAACUUUAGGUUUUAGUGAAAAUUGUUAUUUACAGACGUUAGGGCUAGAAAAAGGUACAGAGGGGCAGCCGAAUGUAUUUGGUCUCAGACUGACUUAAACAUAAAUUUACAUUGCUUGUUUUCAAGUUUAAUAAAAAUCAUCUGCUUAUCAUUCACGUGGCGAGGCAUGUAAACCACACUGACUCUUUU